CAAUUCUCUAUUUAGCAUAAAUAAAUAAAUAAGAAUAAUAAUAAUGUCAACUGCUAUUCCAGUCACGUUUAUGUAAAGAGUGUAUUUCAGCUGCUAGCAAAGAAAAAUGGUUGCAUUUUGCAUCUUCUUCUUUUACAGGGCCGGGGAGAUAGAGAGAUUGUAGUCAGAGUUUGACAAGAAAACCACCAUCAAUGGCAGGAGGAGGAGAUGAUAGCAGGCUCGAUUCAUUAGAAUAUACACCAACAUGGAUUGUUGCAUUAGUUUGUUCUGUUUUUGUUUUUAUAUCUCUUGCUGUUGAAAGACUCCUUCAUACCCUUGGAAAGUAUUUGAAGAAGAAUAAUCAAAAACCCCUUUUUGAAGCUUUACAGAAGAUCAAGGAAGAAUUGAUGCUGCUAGGAUUCAUUUCACUAUUGCUGACAGUAUUCCAAAAUAGAAUCUCUAAAAUCUGUAUAAGCAAGAGUUUGACUGACCACUUGCUUCCAUGUAAGAAGGAAGUUCUUGAAAAAAGUGCUCAUUAUCAAGUUGGCUUCAUAUCUGGUAUUGGAAGAAAACUCUUGGCAUCAUCAGCUAACAAUGAUUACUGCACUAAAAAGGGAAAGGUUCCACUCUUGUCUGCUGAGGCAUUGCAUCAUCUGCAUAUCUUUAUAUUUGUGUUGGCUAUUGUUCAUGUGGCAUUUUGUGUUCUCACCAUUCUUUUCGGCGGCAUAAAGAUACGGACAUGGAAGCACUGGGAGGAUUCAAUUGCGAAAGAUAAAUAUGACACAGAGAAGGCGCUGAACAAGGUCACACAUGUCCGUCAGCAUGCUUUUAUCAAGGACCAUAUGCUUAUUUGUGGUAUAGACUCGUGGGUACUGGGCUGGUUGUAUUCUUUCUUCAAGCAAUUUUAUGAGUCUGUGACGAAAUCAGACUACAUCACAUUGCGGCUAGGUUUCAUUAUGACUCAUUGCAGUGGAAACACGAAGUUCGAUUUUCACAAGUACAUGGUUCGAGCUCUAGAAGAUGAUUUUAGGAAAGUUGUGGGCAUAAGUUGGUAUCUUUGGGUAUUUGUGGUCAUUUUCUUGCUGCUGAAUGUAGAAGGUUGGCAUACAUAUUUCUGGAUAGCUUUCGUUCCCCUCUUUCUCCUAGUUGCAGUAGGAGCAAAGCUGCAGCAUGUUAUUUCUCAAUUGGCUCAUGAAGUUGCUGAGAAACAUGUAGCAGUACCAGGAGAGUUGGUGGUCCAGCCCUCAGACAAACACUUCUGGUUUGGUCGUCCCCGUAUCGUCCUCUUCCUGAUUCACUUCACCCUCUUUCAAAAUGCUUUUGAAAUUGCAUUUUUCUUCUGGAUAUGGAUGGAAACUUCUCUCAAGAAGACUGUAUUCCAUGAGAACGUACAAGAAGGAUUAGAUGCCUGGGCUGCAAAAUCGAGGAAAAGAGGUCUGCUAGCAGCUGCUAAUGGUUCAACUCAAGCAGGUUCUUCUACCGCACAUAUUCAGCUGAGCAUCACGGGCCAGCAACAAACCACAAAUGGAGAUGGUAAUCUAGCACAAAUUGAACCAUUUGUACCAUCAACCGAGCACGUUGAACCGUAGACUAUACCCGAUAACAUAAAAACAAUUUCAACUACUUCAAUGGUGUCAUCUGUUUCAUUGUUGUAUUAGUGAGAGCUUAUCUACGAUAUAUAUGUACCUUGAAAAGUAAUGCAGUAUAUGUUUCUGUUCGAAGUUACAAGUACCGUUUGAGAAUGGCAUUGAUUUUUGAUUUUA